GGCACUCUCUCUGGACGGGUAUUUGCACUUACGCAAGAAGAUGCUCGCGUAAUUGCUACGUCAGACCAAAUUGCUGGACAAGUAUGGUUGACAGAACCAUUUGACAACGCAUCAUUGUCUUUCAUAACAAUUCCUGUCACAGAUGAAAUGUCUCUCCAUUUUAGCACCCAAAGACACCAGAUCAUG